GCAGUUUUAUUUUUUUUAUUCAGAAAAUCAUUAUAGAAAAAUCAUUGGCAUGGAUCAAGUGGAUGAAUAUAGAAAUGGAUUUAGUGAUGGAUAAAUUUUGAUGGACGAACUAAUGAAUGAAACAAUUGAUAAAAUGAUGGAUGAACUUGCGGAUGAUUUAAUGGAUUAAUUAAUGGAUGAAACCAUUGAUGAAAUAAUGGAUGCAAUAAUGGAUGAUGCAAUCGAUCAGUUGAUGGAUGAAAUAAUGGCUGCAUUAAAGGAUAAAUUGACUCAUGAAGUAAUCGAUCAAUUUAAUGGAUGAAGCAAUGGAUGAAACAAUGGAUCAAUUGAUGCAUGAACUUAUUGAUGAAUUAACGGAUGAAGCAAUGGAUCAAUUGAUGGAUGAAGUAAUGGGUGAAGCAAUAGAUCAAUUGAUGGAUGAAGUAAUGGGUGAAGUAAUAGAUCAAUUGAUGGAUGAAGUAAUGGGUGAAGUAAUAGAUCAAUUGAUGGAUGAAGUAAUGGGUGAAGUAAUAGAUCAAUUGAUGGAUGAAGUAAUGGGUGAAGUAAUAGAUCAAUUGAUGGAUGAAGUAAUGGGUGAAGUAAUAGAUCAAUUGAUGGAUGAAGNAUCAUAAACACCAAGUUAUUAUGCAACGGGUGUGGAUCUUUUUUUCUUUAUUUUGAGAACGACUGCAGAGUCUUUUUCGGGAAGAGUGUCAGAAAAAAAAAAAAAAACCUCACUUUUCCCGCUACGAGUGGCACCUACCCUAGCUACGCAAAUCUAUUGCAUUCAUUCCCCUAAGCCAAAUGUCCAUAGUUCUUAAUUGUAUCUCCAAAAACAGCGAUUACUCAGGAUCACAUCCUCCGACUUGACCAUUUGAAUUUCGCGA